AUGCCGCACAGGGCGCAGCCGUCCCCGCCCGCGUCAACAAGCGGCGUGCGCGCCGCGGCAGGCGGCCCGCGCCGCCCUUGGCCGUGGCAGCGGCACUUGAAGCUCGCGUUCCGCCUGUCAUGGGCCGCCAAUUGGCUGCUGCUGGGCCUCAAGAUCGCCGCGUUCGUCGUCUCGCGCUCCAAGGCCGUGCUGGCCAGCCUGGCGGACUCUGGAGCCCAAAAAUACACGCCCCGCCCCCCGCACGCGCCGGCAGUCGACCUGGCAUCACAGCUGGUGCUGUCUGUUGCGGAGUCGCAGAAGAACAAGUACCAUCCGAAGUACCCCGUCGGCCGCACACGCCUUGAGGCUAUCGCCGUCAUCGCGUGCGCGUGCAUCAUGAGUGUGGCCAGCCUGGAGGUCAUCCAGUUCGCGGGCUUUGACCUGUACAACGGUUUCGCAAAGGGCGAGAUCCCUGAGCUCGACCUCAGCCCCCUCACCUUUGUCAUCCUCGGCGGCGGCACGCUGCUCAAGGUGGCCCUCUACCUGUAUUGCAACGCCCUGAGGGGCCGCUCUGACUCGAUCAAGGCGCUGGCCGAGGACCACAUUAACGACGUCGCCUCCAAUGGCGGCGCCAUCGCCGCGACGAUUGUGGUCAAGUUCUGGCCGGCCGGGUGGUGGGUGGACCCCGUGGCUGCCAUCGUCAUCUCGAUCAUCAUCGGGGCGCGGUGGGCCAGCAUCACGUACGAGCAGGUACAGAAGAUCGUGGGCGCGGCCGCCCCCGACGAGUUCAGGGAGCGCGUGGAGCGCCUGGCGGCGGAGCAUCACCCCGAGCUGACCGUCGACUGCUCCCGCGCCUACCACUUUGGGCCGCGAUACAUGGUGGAGCUGGAGUGGCCGCUUGCCCGCCUCGCGGCCCGCCUGCCGGUCCUGACCCCCACUCACGACCUUCAAGUCGAGGCCCUUGAGGAGGUGGAGCGCGCCUUUGUCCAUGUGGAUUACGAGCAGCGCCACCUGCCCGAGCACAAGGUCGAGCGCGCGCUGCUGCUGCACCGCGCAGAGCGCGACGCCAUGCGGCGCAGCUCCAGCGCGGCGACCGCGCUGCCGUGA